UUCUUCAUUGUUCGUCUUCUUCCUUUCGAUUCAACUAUUUUUCGGUUGUUUGUAUUUUGCUUUCCGGGAAAAUCUUCGAAGAAAUCGGUUCAGCUCUCAGUUUUAAUCUGCUGGUUUCUGGAAUUUGUGAGCUUUACAUCAUUUUUCCAUCCAUUUCCCCUCCCUUUUUCGAAAUCUUCGACUUCGUUUUGCCCUCCGAUUUGUAAUCAAUGGAGAUGGAGUUGGAGUUGGAAGGUUCGUAUUCGCACGCUUUGUAUUCCAUUUCCCGCGUAUCGCUCACCGAGGAUGGAAGAACUCCGCGGUUUUCGAUAAAACCAUUACGAAGUCCGCAGCGAAUAUCUAAACCUACGCCCUUUUAAGUUUUCUUUAGGGUUUCAUUAAUUUCAUAGGUUUUGGAUGUGUUUUGGUCUGAAAUUUCGAAGAUUCUAUCUCGAAUCUGAGAAUAUUUGUUGAAUUGUGCUCAAUUUGAAAAUUGGUUGUUCCUGUUGUUGAGACUACUCGAAGUUUUCAUGGUCGAUGAAAUAUUUCUUUUCGAUUGUAAUUGCUUUAGGGUUUCAUAUGGCUCUCAUAAGCUGUAGUUUCUCUUCGAAUCCCUCAAUCCCAACUUGUUAGCUCCAAAAAAAAAAAAUAUAUCUGUUGUUUCUCUUUCUCGACUCUUUUUUAAGGAACUUUUGAAUCUUUAAAUUGAAUCCAAGCUCUUCAGCGAGAGUUAUUGGAUGGCUAGAAGGAUGGAGUUGGGGUUCCCGAAGUCUGCUUCAUAUAGUCUUCGAGAACAAGCUGCUAGAACGAUUCUACGCAAUGUAAGGUCACAAGGGCACUCAUACGUUGAGCUACGAGAAGAUGGGAAAAGGUUUAUUUUCUUCUGCACUUUGUGUCUUGCACCAUGUUAUAGUGAUUCAGUGCUCUUUAACCACCUGAAGGGCACUCUUCACACUGAAAGACUAUCUGCUGCUAAGCUCACACUCUUAGGACCAAAUCCGUGGCCUUUUGAUGAUGGUGUUCUUUUCUUCCAUAAGCCAGUUGAAGGAGAUAACCAGGUUCGGAGUUUAAACGACAAUCAGGAAAGGUUGUUGGAGUAUCACAACAAUGAUAACAAUCUUGCUAUUGUCAGCUAUGUUGAUAAUUCUAAAGGAAAUGGCAAUGGCCAUGGUGAAUUUAAUGGAAAUGUGCGGAACGUGGAAGAUUGUUCCUUCGAGAAUUUGGACGACGGUGGAGACAAUGGUCCUUUGGUGAUUCCUGGUGUACUGAUUAAGGAUGAAAUUUCUGAUAUAAAAGUGAGGGAGUUGGGUUAUGGAAAAAUUGCUGCAAGGUUUACUGAGAAGGAUGGGAUCGUAUGUGGGGUUAGCAGAAUAUGGUGUGAAUGGCUGGGAAAAGUAAAUGUCGGGCUCGAGAAUAAGGUCAAAGUUCCUGUACAUGACUGUGCUAUUGUUACUUUCACUUACAAUGUUGAUUUAGGUAGAAAGGGCUUGCUUGAUGAUGUCAAGUUAUUGCUCUCGUCAAGUACCGGAGCUGAACCAGAGAAUGAUAAGAACUCUAGAGUGAAACGAAAGAAAUGUUUCUCUGAUUCUGAGGAUGUUAGUCAGUCUAUGAGCCAUCAAUAUGAUUCGUCAGGUGAAGAUUCUUCAGCUUCUAAUUGUGUCAUGUCGUCACUGUUGUUGGAUAGAUACGAUGAUCGAAUUUUGAAUACAACAGUCAUGUUGAACAAGUCAGUAAAGCGUGAGCUGAAAAGGCAACAGCGUUUAGCUUCAGAGCGGAUGUGUGAUAUCUGUCAACAGAAGAUACUUACUCAUAAAGAUGUAGCAACACUCUUGAACGUGAAAACUGGAAGACUUGCCUGCAGUAGUAGAAAUGUUAAUGGGGUGUUUCAUGUAUUUCAUACCUCUUGCCUUAUACACUGGAUACUUCUCUGUGAGUAUGAGAUGAGUGUGAAGAAUCUUGGUGGUUCAAAAGUUAGACGGAGGUACAGGAGAAAGAACAAGACUAAGGGCAACAAAUACAGCAAGAACGGCGAAACGAGGCAAAUAAAAACUCAAAUUGAUUCUGUUUUCUGCCCUGCUUGUCAAGGUACCGGUAUAAUUGUUGAUGGGGAUGAACUAGAGAAACCAACUAUCCCUCUUUCUGAGAUCUUUAAAUACAAAAUAAAGGUGAGCGAUGCCCGAAGAGCAUGGAUGAAAAGCCCUGAGGUUCUGCAGAAUUGUUCGACAGGUUUCCAUUUCCCUUACCAAUCUGAAGAAACUCUACAGGAAAAUAUGAAGCAUCUCAAGUUGGUGCAUUUUUAUGGAGCUUUUGUAUAGGAAGUACCUUCAAAAUCGUCGAGGUCAGAACAGUAGUAGGCUUCGCGUACAGUAGGUCUUACUUUCUUCAUUGCUGCUGGACAAACUUUUGUUGAACAUUGUCAUGGUCAUUGUAAAUGAAAGGUCCACAAGUCUCGUAAAUAAUAUGAAGGUGGAAGGGCGUGGAGUAUCUUUAUAUAUAGAUUGGUUCUUCACCGUUCUGCUCUCUGUUGGUCAGACUUCAUUGUAUGUAUAUUACUGGAUCACAUCAAAUCAGGCAUCCCAAUGUAGAAGAAUUUAAUGCUUAUUUGUCCA